UACCAUUCCGCGCCUCGUACUUGCACUUCUCUGCCAGGCUGAUGGCUGGAAAGUUUUAGCAGAAGUUCGGGCACGGCGGAAGAACACGGGUGACCAGCCUGCGCCCCACGUCGUCUCCGGGCAGGCUAACGAUGCUGAGCUCUGAAGGACGAGAUGCUGGAAGGAAGAUGGUGGCACAGUGGCCUCCAAGCAGCAGCGGGGAGAAUAAAGUGCCGCACAGCCGAAUGGACGAUGAAGCCGCCAUCCAGCAAAUUUAUACGUUUGGUAAGAAGUUGGGACAGGGCAGCUUUGGAGUUGUCAUUGAAGCCACUUACAGGGAGACGGGGAAGAAGUGGGCGAUUAAGAAGGUGAAUAGAGAGAAGGCUGGGAGCUCCGCUGUCAAACUGCUGGAGCGGGAGGUUUCCAUCUUGAAAAGCGUAAAUCACGACCACAUCAUCCACCUGGAGGAAGUGUUUGAAACUCCCAAGAGGGUGUACCUGGUAAUGGAGCUGUGUGAAGGCGGAGAGCUGCGGGAGAUCCUGCACCGGAGGAAGCGGCUGUCCGAGACUGAAACCAGACACAUCAUCCACAGCUUGGCUUCGGCCAUCGCCUAUCUUCACAAGAAAGACAUCGUCCAUCGGGAUCUGAAAUUAGAAAACAUUUUAGUGCAGAGCGAGGAGGCAGCAGAAGGUGGAGAGAUGAAGCUGAACAUCAAGGUGACCGAUUUUGGUCUGGCCGUACAGAAAGGUGGGGUCGGCAGUGAGAACCUGUUGCAGGCCACCUGUGGGACUCCGAUAUAUAUGGCUCCCGAAGUGAUCAACGCCCACGCCUACAGCCAGCAGUGCGACACCUGGAGCAUCGGGGUCAUCAUGUAUAUGCUGUUAUCCGGGGAUCCGCCAUUUAUGGGAAGCUCAGAAGACAAACUUUUUGAACUUGUAAAGCGAGGGGAAUUAAAGUUCUCGGCUUCAGUCUGGCAGUCGGUGAGCGAGGCGGCCAAAGAUGUUCUGCAGAAGCUUCUGAGAGUGGAUCCCGCCGACCGGAUCACUGCUAACGAGCUGCUCGACAACCCCUGGAUCACAGGGGACACCAGCAGCGUCCCGAGACCGUCCAAUGUGCUGGAGAUGAUGAAGACAUGGAGGAACAUCCUGGACAAUGAUGACCAUCCGGAAGGAGAUUCAAACAGCGUUUCAGACGCCGCCAUGUCGGGCACGGCGCGGAGCAGCCCAGCCAGCAGCAAUGGCACGUCUGAGACCGACAGCUGCAGCAGCAAACCAUCCACGCCAACCAAACCGGUUGAGAAGAAGAAGCUUCUAUCCUGUUCUCUGCCAAACGGGACGGUCCUGAAGAAGAACGCAAGCCUCAGGCCUUCUAACGCAGCAGCCGAGAGGAAAACCUCUCCAAAGUCCAAGCCCAGACGGCUUCAAGAUGGCCAGGACCAAACUCUGUCACAGACCUUAAGAGUGACCCCCGGGAAGGUGGACCCUGGAAGAAUCUGCAUGAGCUCCAGUCACAGCUUGGGCCACAGAGUGUCUCCCGGACCCCCGAACACCCACCGCCCGAAAAAGACGUUGUAACCUUCAACAAUAGGAAAUCUUUGUGCCAAAGUAACAGGGGCCCAACCCCCACAAUGAAGAGCAGACACAGGAGAUUUCAUUCUCUGCUACGUGUGAACACCGCAAUCAACACAUUUACGGAACCGUCUCUGCCGGCGCCGAAGACCCGGCCCUUUGAUUGCACUGACUUUAGGGAACACAAUGCGGACCCCCCUGUGCCUUGUGUAGUGUCUUAGAGCAGAUGCGCCGUCCUUCCCUGCAGAUCCGGACCUUAACCACCUAUCCAUAACUUAUCACCGUACCUUUUAAAGGAGAGAUUGGUGCUUCAUGAGGACGGCGGCAGGGAGCGGGUAAAGGCUGCUGCCCACUGCGGGCGUCAGUACAAUGGAGGAAUUUCUGAGGUCAAGGACUAGAAGUCCAGAGAGGGGACGGGUAGGACAUGAACGCGUACGUAGACUACGUUGAUAGCAGAGAUUCCUCCAUUGAAGCUGUAAGUCAUCACGUCGUGGUGACGUCUGACGUGCCUGUGACUUUACAUAGAAUUGCAUUGACACAAAGCACAUCAGCGGGGCCGGCGGUGGCAGUCACACGAGGGGACAGCAAAACGUAAUUCAGCCCGUAUGUAGGCCGCCCCAAUGGCCCAGCCCUCGCCAUCAUUCGCUUUCUUAUUCAGUCAGCUGUGAUCUGUCAAAAGAUCUGGAGAAGUGACCGGAUUUUUAUUAAAAUGACAAUGGUCACGGCUUGAACCCCACAGACCGCUCCUAACUUUGUGCUGCUAUGAUGGCGUUGAGUGAAAUCUGAGCGUGUAGCUGGGAGCGGCGCGCGCCCGACUUCGGAAAAUCACAUUCAUGUGUUAACUCUUCAGAUUUUCUCUUCCCAUUAAAAACUUGUCAUCUCGUCUGCUGCUGCCGU